AUGCCAUCAUGGCUACCCUCGAUCCCUUACCCUCCGCCGGACCAGCCAGGCUACUGGGAUCCAGUCACAGCCACCCUGCAAUGGUGUGAAGAGGACUACUAUGCCACAUACUACUCCGCCGAGAUCAUCAAUACCCUCACCAAUAUCAUGUUUAUCUACCUUGCAUACAGAGGGGUUCAAAGCUGUAGAAAACAAGGUCAUGACACGGUCUUCGAGGUCGCAUAUUAUGGCUAUUUCCUCGUUGGCUUUGGGAGUCUCAUGUUUCACACCACAUUGAAAUAUCCCUGGCAAUUGGUCGAUGAGCUGAACAUGAUCUACACCACAUGUCUCAUGGCAUAUGCCAGUCUUUCAUACUCACGUCCAGCCAGUCACCAGAUAGCCCUCGGAGUCUUCUUGUCUCUCUUCUGUGCUGGUAUCACAGUGUAUUACCACUACCUGCAGGAUCCAGUUUUCCACCAGACAGUCUACGCAUUGCUUACGGUCUUCAUUGUCUUUCGGAGCAUAUACAGUAUGGAAUUCAGCCUCCGCCCAUCACUUAGGAAAAGUGAAGAGGAGCAUCGUAUCGAGAGGAAGCAGCAAAAUCUACCUGUGCUGAGCAAAGAAGAGCAAGAAUACGAAAACAAGCGAGACCUUGAUAUCCUGAAGGAAAUGUGGUUCUUUGUCGUGUUUGGCAUAACCGUGUUCGUUGGCGGUUUCGGCAUUUGGGCAUUGGAUAACACUUAUUGCUCGACUCUGCGUCAAUGGCGUCGAAGUAUCGGCAUGCCGUGGGGGUUUGUGCUAGAGGGACAUGGUUGGUGGCAUCUGAUGACCGGUCUCGGAGCAUAUUGCUACAUUCUUUGGGCUAUUCACCUGCGACACAUUCUCAACGGUGACCAAGAACACUUCCGCCUGGUAUGGGACAAGAUAUACCACCUGCCCGAGGUGGUCAGAGUUUCGGAACCGCCGGCAAAAGGCAACGGAAAGGUCGCCAACGGUGAUUUAAAGAAGUUGAACUGA